UAUUAAAGCCCCGCCCUGUGAAUGACGACCACACACUUACUUGCCUCCAUCAUCACUGUCCCCUGGUCAUUCUCUCCUCCUAUUGGUGACAGGGAGGGACUGGUGAGCAAAGCCCGUCUCAGAGAGCCCCUCAGGAUUCUGUUAAUAGUCAGUUCUCCUUAAAGAGGUCUACAGAGGAAGAAGGAGUGGAGAUCCCUAACCUUUCACCCUCCACUCAAUCAUCAAUACUCUGUGGCUCAAGUUUAUUAUUAUUAUAGUGAGUCAUGUCUCGGGCUCGUAGCAAGACAGUCGAUUCGGCUGAGGUAAAGAAGAAAGGAAUUCCAAGACGACUGAAUGAGAAGAUAGCAUUAAUCAAAGAGAAAGAGCAAGCUCAGUCGGAGGCAUUUGAACAAGCAAUGCGGAGCAUAUUAGAGAUGCAACAAGCUAGAACAGGCGGUGGUUCAAUGCCUAGUCUUCAAGCAAUAGACACUAGUCCUCCGAUGACUUAUACUAAUGAAACUGAGGGUAUGAUAUGUCUGACCACGCCUCCUUCUAACACCGUUUAUCGGGAACGCCCAAAUAGUGUUAGUUUAGUUGGGAGGCGUUCCCCAGGCAUAGAGAGAACCCAAUCCUGUGAUACCGGUAAUCAGUCUUCAUCGUCCACUCACCAGCUCUGGAAUACGAGUGAAUGGUUUGAAUCUGAUCUCUCAAGACAUAAAUCUGAUUCAGAUCUUCAGCAGAGUCUCCUCAUUGAUACCCACCACUCCAAUCAAGCUCCAGUCUCUACACUAGCCCCGCCUCCAAUCACCAGCCCGAUCGUUAAAGUAUCUCCGCCAUUUGAGAACCCAAGAAGCACAUUUCCCUCAAAUCUCGAUUUCAACCACACCAAUGCGCCUCAGAGUCCUACUAGACUGGGGUCUUCAGUUAGUGCUGCCUUACUAAGUCCUGAGUAUGGCUCCACUGGUAUUGCUAAUGAUUCAAUGGGAGGUGGUGCUUCUAGUCUCCCUGAUCUGACCAACGUUGAGUUCUCUUGUGGUCUUGAUAUUCCCUUAGAGAAAGACGAAGACAUUCUCAAUUUUACCGGAAAACCUUCAAACGUUUAUCCUGGCGGCCAGCUAGGCUACUCUGUAUAUUCUCAUCAAGCUCCUCCCCUAGCAAUGCAGACUCCGCCCAAUAUCUCGCUCAUCCCGAAUGGUAAUUUCCAUCAGCAUCCUUUCCUUUCACAGCUCCCAAUUUCAAAGUGUCUACCUGGUCAGGUCCCGGGCCAGCAGCAGUACUCUGUUCCUCUUGUACGAAAACUAAAGUCGAUUGUUCCGGCUAAUACUGUCCUUAGCAACGGUGGCUAUGGACACGCCCCCAGAGGCAUCCAAUCAAAUGACUUACUUUCGUACGGCUCACAUAAGUAUCCUCCAAACGUUUCGGUCACUUCACCGACUGAUAAAUAUGGGAUGCCUGUUAAUGGAGUUACGCCACAACCACCAGGACCUUCCAUGCAAGCCACGCCCAAUAUCCAGACCCCGCCUACCAUUCACACCUCAAUGUCAAAUAAUUUUUCUCUUCCGUUUGUCGCUGCUCCUCCUCUUCCAGUUGAUCCCUCUCUCCUCUCUCCUACUCAAUCCUAUCCAUUCUCCAAACAGCAGCAGGGUGGCUUCCUUCCCCAGCAAUACCCUCCUCUUCCCUCGUACCUAGACCCCGGAAUGGCCUAUCAGAGACAAGCACUACAGCACAAAAUGGCUAACAUGAAUUUCAACGCUCCUCCACUCCGUAGCCACUCUGAGGAGAACCUCAUAACGAGUGGGAAGGAGGGAGGAGGGCAGGCCGGGGGUGGCAAAGUAGACGAGGUACAUCAACAGCAAAAUCCGUUCAUGGGUAAUAUGUCUUCGGCGAACAGCGUACCGUGUGUCUACGUCGAGCCUAAUAGUGUUGAUCCUUGUGUUGAUCAACCUGACUCGCCGACGACCGGAACUGGGAGUCCCUCUACAUCUGCUAGCCACGCCUCCUCGCCCCCCACCUCCCGGCCCCAUUGGUUGGAUCAGCACCCGCAGGCAAUGUCAGAUUACAUGUUUCACGAGUGGCCGGUCGACGCCAUGAUGGCGGGCGGACCCAAGUACGGCUCGCCGUUGAGUCACCAUCGGUCUUUGUCCGAGUUGAAUAAAAUGGCGGCGGAUUAUGUGAUGGAUUUGUCUCCUAGUUCUCAGUCUCGUGCUCAUCAGCUCUCCCUCCCUUCAAUUGUGAUGAAUGAUCUCAUUGCCACUGGGGACAUGGAUGACCCUGCUAUGGUGGAUAAGCAGCUGAGUUAUCUUGCGACCGAUUUUGAAAUGGAGGACGAGAUAAUGGAGUCUCUGCUACGAGAUGAAGGGUUUGGCCCUUUUAGUAUGCAACCUAGCGAUGUAGUGAGUCCUUCGGACAUUCUUGGUCACAACGGGACCCUUGAUUUUUAAUAUCUUUUCUCUUUUUCUUGGUUUAUGAUUUUAAUGUUUCUCUCUAUUUUCUCUCUUCCUGUUUUUAUAUGUAUAUAUAUAUAAUGAGUCAUGUUUCUGUUCGUCUGCUAUUGUCAAUCAUUUCAUAAUGUUCUUUGUCUCUAACAGUCAUGCUGUACUUACUCUUCUUUUCUUUCUUAUUCUCUCCCUCUUUCUUGUUUCUUCUUAUUUUUAAUGAUUUCAAUGUUAUUAUGAUUAUUAUUAUUAUUAUUGAAGU